CCACGCCCCCUCCCGGGUUUGAGUGACAGCCGCAGGCGCGCGGGGCAGGCCGGGAACAAAACAAACGCCAGCGCGGAGCGGGCGGCGGCGGCGGGACCGGGAGCGGCGGGGCGACCGGCGGCCCUCACACACGGUACUUCAACUUUUGAACACUGAGGAAAAAUAAUGGGUCUAAAAACUUUUACACACAAUUCUCCAGUCCAUGGUCAAGAACUUCUGGGAAAGUUAAAUAAACUGCGCAACGAAGGACACUUCUGUGAUGUGACGAUUCGAGUCCAGGACAAGGUCUUCAGAGCUCACAAAGUGGUCCUUGCUGCUUGCAGUGAAUUCUUCAGGGCAAAACUUGUAAAUCAAUCGGAUGCAGAUGAGUGCAUUUUGGAUUUGAAUCAUGUAACUGUCAGUGGAUUUUCUCCAUUGCUGGAGUAUGCAUAUACAGCUACACUUGCCAUAAAUACAGAGAACAUUAUUGAUGUCUUGGCUGCUGCUAGCUAUAUGCAGAUGUUCCAUGUAGCAAACACCUGUUCAGAGUUCAUGAAAUCAAGUAUCCUGUGGAAUACAAGCAGUAAUCCGCCAGGGCCUGUUCCUGCACUCCCUCAAGAAAACAGUAGUGCUUGCAUCAUUCAGUCCCAUGAUGACAGUCUAUCUCCCGUAUCUUCAGAAUGCAGUUCUGUUGAGAAAAGUAAGCCCAGGGAAUCUCGCCGAAAGCGCAAGAACUUCAUAAUGAUGUCCCCGGAGAGUCCCACAGAAUCUGCUGUGCAGCCCAACUGUUCACAAGUUGUGAACCCAUCGGUGACCUUCUCAGACAAUAGGGCCCAGCAAUCUGUGGACUCAUCGCUGUCAUUUCAGUGGACACACCCUGUGGGUGCUGAUCGUCGGACUCUCAGUGAGAAAACAAAAUCAACAGAGAGUGUUCGGGUUGUGGAACAGCCCAUAACCACUGAGGUUACAGGGAGAGUGCCUGAAUACACUGCCUGUGAGAGUACAAAAGCGACAUCACCCCCCAGUAAUGAAGAUGAUGUGAGGAUCAAAGUUGAAAGGUUGAGUGAUGAUGAAGGUCAUGAAGUUGUAUCACAGCCUGUCAGUGCUUCACAGAGUUCACUUAGUGACCAUCAAACUGUACCAGGAAGUGAGCAGGCUCAGGAGGAUUUAUUGAUUAGUCCCCAAUCUUCCUCUAUUGGUUCAGUAGAUGAAGGAGUUACAGAAGGGCUACCAACACUUCAAGGCACUUCCAAUGCCAACAAUCACCCAGAUGAUGAUGAUAGAUUGGAGAGUGGACAGUAUUCCUACCAGCUCUACAUCAACCCUUCCACAAGUGGCACAGAAAGACCCAGUCCAAAUGGCCCCAAUAAGCCUUUCCAGUGCCCAACAUGUGGUGCCAGGUUCACGCGCAUCCAGAACCUCAAACAGCACAUGCUUAUUCACUCAGGUAUAAAACCCUUUCAGUGCGAUAGAUGUGGAAAAAAGUUCACAAGAGCAUACUCCUUAAAGAUGCAUCGUCUGAAGCAUGAAGGCAAGCGAUGUUUCCGAUGCCAGAUUUGCAGUGCAACCUUUACUUCCUUUGGGGAAUAUAAACACCAUAUGCGUGUUUCAAGGCACAUCAUCCGAAAGCCAAGGAUCUACGAGUGCAAAACAUGCGGCGCCAUGUUUACUAAUUCUGGAAACCUAAUUGUGCACCUGAGGAGCCUGAACCAUGAAGCAUCUGAAUUAGCUUCCUAUUUCCAGAGCAGUGACUUCAUAGUGCCAGACUACCUGAAACAGGAGCAAGAGGAAGCCCUUGCUCAUUAUGACAUUGGAGACAAUGGUUUUGAUAACAACUCAGCGGUGCAAAUGCCAGUCAUUUCACAGGUAUCCUCUACACAGAACUGUGACAGCGCGUUCCCCCUUGGGCACUUGGCUGGUCUCAUGAACAAGGAUGAUGAAAUAAUAGAAGAGCAGAAGACAAAUGGCUCAGACGUAAAUGGAAUCCUUGGUGUAAGAGAAGAUCUGCAUAAGAGGGGUUCUCCAGAGGAAGGACCUCAUAUCCUCUAUAGCUAAAUUAGCCCUGGUAGUUAAACUUCCGUUCUUUUGGAGAAAGUGCCUGGACCUGGGUCAAAUGAUUCUUGGAGCUUUUCUUCCAGACUCUGAACGUUUAUUUAAAAUAGGUCAACAUUACAUUAUUUGUUUAUCAAAGGUUUUGGACAAGUCUGUGGGCCUUCAGUUAAUUACAAGCACAUUAAACCACACAUUUCUUAAUUCACACAGCAGUCAAGGACUUUGGAAGAAGCUGUGGUACAACUUUUGAACAGUAUCUAGAGAACUGUAUCCUCCAACAAUGUUUUACUUUAUACUUUAAUAAAGCUGCCAAUACUGGAUGCCUUGUCACAUUGGCAUCCGGGAACAUAUUUUAGAAUCAAAGUUUAAAAUGCUGCAUUGAUGGAUAACAAUCUCAUUAAGUCACUGAAAAAAUAUAUCAAAUGUUUAAAUGUUCUCUGACGGAAAUAAUCUUAUGACAGACAAAUUGAAUAUUCUCUUACAACUAAAUUAUGUUCACAGGGUAGGAAAUUUCAAAAUCUUCACCAGAUUAUGGGAUUUUGUUUUCAGCAAAAAAAGUAACUUUGUACAAUAAUAAAAAUCUUUUUAUCAAUAAGAAUUCAAAGUUGGCAUUGUAAAUAGAAAUAUUAGUCUGGAUAUCUUUUCAUGCACUCCAAAUUAUACCAUGUUUCCUUCUAAAGUCAGAUGAUUUUUGGUCACCUAGUAACACAGACAGGGGAAGGGAAGAGUCAAAAGCCAUGAGUUAUUUGUAGUCGGGCAUCCGGCUUCCUGAAAGCCAUUUGACUCUUGCAUUCCUGGUGGGAAAAGUUUUAAGUUCCAGUCGCUGCUUUUUCCAGUUCAGGAAAGCAGAACUACAUUCAGCAUUGGACAGUGAGAUAAUUAAUGCCUGUUGAGUGUAAAACUAAUGUGUAAUUAGUUUCUUGGCCAACUGGGCUAGAAGUGAUGCAGUGAACCUUGAGGGGUCAGUCAGGAGUUGGUUUCAGAGCCAUUAAAUAUUUGGCUCUGGGCUGUUGCCACCAAAGUGUGACCUUCUUACAUUGACGUGAUUUAAAACUGGAAAUAUCUGGACAUUUUUCCAGUAAAUAUUUUACUAUUAAUCUGAAGUAAAAGUGAAUGCAUAUCUCCUUCAGAUAUGUUUAGCUACUUUUUAGUCUCUUGUAACUUGUGGAUGUGCGUUGACAUUGACACCACAGUUGGUGGCACGUUAGUGAAGAGUAUUUUCAGGGAGCUUGUUUGCCUUGGCUGUUGUUCAAUCAGUAGUUUAUUGCAAACUUUUCUAAAACAAGUUUUUUGUGCUAACAGAUAACUCGUUUUAAGCUUAAAUGUUCAGACUUAGAUUUCUACAGCUGUUAAGUUUUUUUUUAAACAAUCUACAAAAUUUGCUGUUUUGUGAAGUGUUCACCUUUCUAAAGGUAUUAAUUAAAAUUGUUGAUCCUUUUGUUAACAUGUGCAUAGGGUCAUGUAAUAUUUUGACAAUCUGAAGGCAUGCUGUGAUUGAUUAAGGCAUGUGUGUUUUAAUUUUUUAUUUUUAGUAACUUCUGUAGUCUUGGUAUUCAGAAUAUUUAGAAAGUAGCACUCCUGGGAAUAAAGCACAGAUAACAUUGAUGGUUUGGGCUUAUUCAAAUAAAUGCAUUUCGGUAUACAUUGUCCUGACCAGCAAUACUGGAAAAUACCUGCCUGGGUAGCGGCCAGAAUAUCCUGUACUGCAAUAAAAGGUUAAAGUAUGCUGGAAGUGUAGACAGAAAAGCCUCUGUUCACGUAUUAAUUUUGGGAGUUGGCCACAGUGCAACUCCGAUCCAUGCGUUGAGUUCAGUGUUUCAACACCUGAUGUUAAAGGUGAAUAGUUAAUCCAAUUUUUGGUAGAAAGAUUUUGUAUACACACGGUCAGUUAAAGUAUCGAAUACAUUAACGUUCUUUAAAUGACAGUCCACCAUCCCCCAAAUUUUUGAUUAUUUCUUGAUUAAGAUAUUAAAAUUGAACGGUUUUUAUACAAUUUCUAAUAGUGCUCACUACCUUGAAUUCAUUUAGGCCUCCUUGUUAUGUGAAUCAACACUUAUUAGAUGAACAACAAAUCAAGUUGAGGAUGUGACUGGUGGGAAUAUUCAGAGAGCUGAAAUAGGAGGAGACCAUUCAACUCAUUGAGUUUGUUUGUAUGGAAAUGUGAAACAAAAUAGACGUAUCUAAUAAAAGAGGUGGGUCAUGCACAGCAAUGGGUUUCAGUUAUAAAAUCUGGGUAGCCAGCAUUGUAGCAGUACAGUUUAGUUUUAUUUAAAUUUCAAAAUACCAAUUAUUACUCUCUGUAUAGAGGCUUUUUAAUUCUGACUUCCAAUAUCUUUCUUGCAAUUCUGGCAGAGGCUUACUGCUGGUAGGCAGCAGGAUAAUCUUGUCCAUUAUGCCAAUUGGUCAACCUCUGUACAUUGCAGAAGCAAUGUAAUUGGUAAACCUUUUCCUAGCUGUGAUAUAGUUUCAUACAGUAGUUAAAGGAAAACAAAUUGCAUCUACUUACAAAGAAACAUCCUAAAGCACUUCAUGUAGACUUAAGGGAACCAGAUGCCUAAGCAGGAACAUACUAGCAACAGUAGAUAGUUGUUAAACUAAGUUGCUAUAUCUUGUUACAUUUAUUAAUGGUUUAUAAUUGUUUUCCAUUAUUAUAAAGGUUUUAUUCUACCAGUGUGGGUGAAUGGUUAAAUCAACUGUAAAUGUUGGCCACUAUUCAAAACUUAAAAGAGAAUUGUUGGUACAUUCAAUGAUGCUACAGUAAUUGUCCUGUAUGUUUAUGUGGGCAUGGUUGAAGUUAACCAUUAUAUGUGUAUCGGUAGUACUAAAUGCUGACGUAGUUCCUUUGUCCUGUAUUCAAAAAUGUGCAUCUUUUAAUUGUGUUUAUAUUACUUUGCAUUCUUUGGAAGUGCAGCACUUUGACACUCUACAUUUUGGUGAUCUUAAAUUUGUAUUCCCAUCACUGCCGUUAUCUAUUUCAAGGACAUUAAUAAAGCUGAGCCUUCAGUGUCCCUGUUGCGGUCACCUGCUUGUAAAUACUGUAUAGUCUGAUGACUUGGAAAUAUUGCUAAUCUGUUGAGCAAAAGAUUUCGGAUGGAAUUUUUGAUAGUAUGAUUGCCAGUAAAUUGGAAUUUUUUUUUUGGUUUGUAAUCCUUGUUUUUCACCAGCAUGACCCCAUAACAGGAGGGUAUUGUAAAACAGAGCAAAAUGCAAAAUACAUUGCAAAAUCCUGGCUGUGGUUUACUUUGUUUAUCCUGUUGUGGAGUUUGUCUGUCUGUCAGUCUGUCUAUCUCCGUGUGUGUGUGUGUGUGUGCGUGUGUCUGUCUGUAUAUAAAUAGGGAAAAGUUCACAUAUUCUAUUUUCAUGCUCAUGAUGGUCACAAGAGGCAAGUAGCAUUGUAUAAAGUUUGAUAAAAUAAUACUGCAGUUGAUAAUCUGUGUGGAAAUUAUAAAUAAAGCUCUUUACCAUUAUAU